GUUAAAAACAGCUAGGACGCCACGUACACAUUAUGCAAAGAUAGGUCUUUAAAAGAAAAGUGUCGUCAGGUCUCAUAUCCAUCGUUAUUUUAGCGUGUGCCAUUAAGAAUCGCCGAAAGCAACAGCACUUUUUUGGUAACAAACAAGGGGUGGAGACAAAAGUUUUCAGCUUGAUUUGCUCAAGUUUAAAGCAACAGACUUCAGACACAGUUAAAAAUGAGUGAAACAAACCAGCAGCGGGAUGACUUGCCUGCAUACUUGAAUGAUGAACCUCCAGCAGAUGCCAACAAAGACCAUCCCCAGCCUCAGCCUGGCAUGUUCUCCAGGGUGGCCGGUGGGCUGUUCAGUGUGACAAAGGGCGCUGUUGGGGCUACAGUGGGUGGAGUGGCCUGGGUCGGAGGAAAAAGCUUUGAUCUGACUAAAACUGCAGUUACCUCAGUGGCGUCAGUGCCGGCGAUGGGAGUAGGCCUGGUGAAGGGUGGCGUGUCUGCAGUGGCUGGCGGCGUCACCGCUGUCGGGUCAGCUGUAGUCAGUAAAGUGCCCAUCGGCGGAGGCAAGAAGAAGGACAAAUCUGAUUGAAUCACAAGAGCCCGAAGGUACUUUUUGUCAGAGGCGUCAGCGAUUCAAAGUUGACUCGGAUCUUAUCUGUCAACAAGACAACAUUCGCAGUCAGGAUGACCUGUUGGGAUAUAUGACAUUAAACGCGAGUCAAACUGUUUAUGAAGUAUUACAAUUUCUGACCAGGGGUAGAGACACGGACCUCUAAAUGUUCUGUUCAUGCUUUUUCAUGUCACAUGUUUUAAAAAGGCCUUACAGUUGACUUGCUGGAAGCUGGUUGUAGUGAUGGAGAUGUAAAUCAUGGUGCUGUUGUGGAGAAUGGCAGACUGCGAGGUGCUGAUGGUGGAGCUCCAUCUGAUCGAUCGGUUGUGAGAUUACUUAUUUUGUGCCUUCGGGGGUUGAUCCUGAUAUGUGUUGCCCUGUCACAAAACUCUAGCCAUUGCUCUCUCUGAGUGAUCUGAAAACACACAGAAGCCCAAUAUAUUUAUAUGUGUAAUGGUCAAAAUUUUGGGAUCUGUAGAAAUUGUUUUAAAAAGACGCCUAUUCUGCUCAUAAGGUUGCUUUUAAUUUGAGCAAAAAUAAAGAAAAAAAAGUAACAUUGUGAAAUAGUUUUUUUUAUUGAAUGUGGUUUAGAAUUAAAUAAAUACCUAUGAUUUGCAAACUCAAUUUUUAGCAUCAUUACUGAAACGUUAGUGUCGUAAUCCUACAGUGAUCAUUCUGAUAUGAUGAUCUGCUUUAACAUAUUAUUAUUUUCAGUGUUGAAAACUGUUGGGCUGCUUCAUGUUUUUGUGGAAACUAUUAUGUGAAACUAUUCAGAAGUACUAUUAAAAUACAUUUAUUUAUCAAGGACAACUUUAAUGUACAUUUAUAGUGUAUAAUCUAGAUUUUAAUUCCUAAUACAUGUAAAUUUUAAACCACAGGAAUAAUUUAAAUGAUUUUUGAACUUUUCAUCAAAAAAAUCCUAAAAAAGGGGGAAAACUGAAGCAGGAAAAAAGGUUUCAACUGAUUAUUAUUUUAAUAAUUAUUAUUAAUAAUUAAUACCAUUUAUAAUAGAAAAGAAACUCUUUCUGAAGGAUCAAAUGAGAGUAAUGAUGCUGAAAACUGAGCUCUGAAUCACAGGAAUUUUGAUAUGCAUUUAAUAGGAAUUUAAAACAGCAAUAAUAAUUAAAAAUGUUUAAACAGUGUUUAAUGAUUUGACUAUUUUUGAUCAAAAUAAUGCAGAUUUGGUGAGCACAAUAGGCCUCCUUUUAAAACACAUUUUCUCUGAUUUCUUUUGACCGGUAGUCUAUUUGCUCACGUUAUGGGCUUAUGUGGAUGGGUUUUAUCUAAUAACUCCAAAAUUUAUCCCGUGAGCCACAAAUCUGAAUGCUGAUGAUAAUGUUUUAGGGAAAUCUGCGUGACAAUCUCCAUCAAAACUAAAGUGUUUUUGUUUUGAUGAAUUGUGUCUUCCAAUACCCAGUGACGUUUACUUUAUGCUUUUCUGUGUGUCAAUCUGUUGCUUUUUCUGUCCUGUUGCUCUUUUUAUCUCCUUAAUGUGAAUUGUUUUUUAUGGGCCAACAAAGAACCACACGGGGUGGGAAAGUAGAGUACAGUAUUUUUCUUUCUAUCGAGUAUUUGUUUUCCCUUUACCAAAGAUUUAGAAUUUAAAAAAAGGUUGUAUUUGAGGAUUUCUCUUUGUUUACUAUGCAGUGUACUUUAUAAUAUUCAGUGCAUUCUCUCUUUUUAGAUAGAUAGUUAUCAAAUAUAUAUAUACAUAUUAAUGUUUCUUUUGUUGUUGUUGUUGUUGUUGUUGUUGUUUGAUUUGAGGCAGUGGAUAUUUCAGUGUAAUAAUGUGAAUUCAAAGGAUUUAAAUAAAGAAAUGACUUGUG